CGGCGAUAUAGUGCUUUGUUUACAUCGUAUGCAAGUGAUGUUUAUUAUCGCUUAUUUCUAUGGAAAUUGAACGAAAGAACAGCUCAGAUGAGUACACUGAGUUUUUACAAAACCAAGGUACUAUAAAAAUGCACACUCAUAGUAUGCUGUGAUCUGGCUAGUCAAAAUAGUGUAAAUAUUAUAAAAUAUAUACACUUGAACUGUCUAAAUUAUUACCAGUGUAUAGGUAGUGCCAAUCGAAUGAACAAGCUUUCGUUGGUAGGGAUGCAACUACCUGAAAAUAUAUGAGGAGAAUUUCGACGACGUUUCACUCCAGACGAAGGGCCUUCGCUCGAAACGUCGAAAUUCGUCUUCAGGGGCGCCGGAAGCAACAUGAAGCAGCGGGGGCAGCCAUGUGAAAAGGGCACUUACUCUUGAGCCUUAAUUUUUGUGCGGGGAGGGGGGGGAGGGCAAUGCUCGUUAACAUUUUGCUGUAUAACGGAUACUUCAUUACUUGUAGGUAAUACAGUUAGACAAAUUUCGGCAUAGAUUGGAAAAUUAGGAAGGUUUCCUUUUUUACUUUUUUUUCAUAUAUCAGGUGGAAACUGAUUCGUAACGUUUCUGAGAGGAAUUCAGAUUCAAGUAUGAGCUAAAUUGUUUAAAAACAGUUUUCAAUUUCAAUUCAUGCAAAAAACACAUGACGUUCGAAGUGCAGUUUUGGUAAAAAGGCAACCUGCUGCCCCUGUGCUGCCCCCGCACUGUUUAGGCAACAGGGGCAGCUGCCCCCGUAGCUCUGGCGCCCCUGUUCGUCUUAUAUAUUUUCAGGUAGUUGCAUCCCUACCAGCGAAACUUAGCUUGUUUAUAUAAAUGGUCAUAAAUAUAAUACAGUUUUUAUAAUUUUUUUUUUACAACUUUAUAUGCUUCACAUGACAAUUGUCAUGCUUCUGCACUAUUAAAUGCAAGUACUCAGCAUAUGGUACAAUUAUAGAAUGCUUGUCCAUUGAGUCAUGCCUGUAAGUUGUAACAGGGUUAGGUCUGAACAGGUACCAGUACUACAGAUGUGUUGAGUGUUGCACGAAUCUAUAGAUUUUUGUACACUAAUUUAUACAUGUUCACUUGUUGCUCAUGAUUUUCAGAUAAUGCACUUUUUAUAGAAUUAUUAUUAUUUUUGUCCUUAAUUAAUCAAUAGCGUGAGGCGGUUUCUACAAAAAAACGAAAACCGACCAAAAAAAACCCGAGUGAAACGUUUUUUUUUAAAAAUAUGUUCUAAAAUCAAAACUAGGGUAAAAAAGACACACACACUACUCAGUACUCAUGCAAGAUAUUAAACGUAAGGUAUUCUGAGGACAUCAAUUUAUCAAAUUACAAACUUGUAUAAGUAAUGGUUUGUCUUUAGUAAAAUGCCGGUUUUUCUCCAAAAGUAACAUCGAGUAUUUUGGUUUUCAAAAAACAUCUGUUUUUUUCGGCUUACUGAAAAACCGCCUCACCCUAUUAAUCAAGCAAUGAGAUAUUGGAUACAAUAGCUAAUCCAAAAACUAAUUAAUAGUUAAUUAGUCCAAGAACUAUAAGUUCCUUGGUUUUCAUGAGUGUUAACCUUCACCAUAAUGCCAGACUCAAUUUAACUGCACAAUGUUCAGCACUCAUGAAGUACUGCCAUAAUUAUUGAAUAUUUCCACUGACCUCAAUAACAAUAAAGGAACAGCAUCACAAAAUUAGUAAUAUUUCGGUUGCGAAAUGUUGUAAAAUGCGGAUGAUAUAUCCCUGCGAAGUUUGCCAUUUUUCAGUCAUUUUGUAUUACGCACGGGAAAUUGGUACCGCUUUCUGAAAAAAGGUAUCAAUUUCCCGCGCGUAAUACAAAAUGACUGAAAAACGAUAAACUUGACAGGGCUAUAUUAUCCGCAUUUUACAACAUUUCAACGAAACUUCAGAAUAUUACUAAUUUUGUGAUGCUCUUUCAAGCUGUGAUGAAAUUUUUGUCUAGAUCAAAAUUUUGUUCAUUAGGUAAUAGGUCCAUUGGUCUGUCUUGUCACUUUUGCUUGUUGCAUGGUGUUAUACAGGCCUUAAAAUAUCGGUCGGUCACAGACAUUGUCCGACCCAUUCGUGAAAUUGUCCGACGUAGAGAGGAUUAAACCAUUAAACAUUGUCCGACCAAAGUGAAACUGACGUUUAUUGUUUGUCCGACCUGAAUGUAUUUGUGUCCGACCGAACUGUAGCUUUGUCCAUCGUAAAUCAAAAUUUACCCUAGCCCAGUACUAGAGGCUUGUAUGUCAAAUGGAAAAUCAGAGUACCAUUGUAUAAAAGGUGAACUGGAAAUGUUGUUUUAACGUAGUCGAGCGCGGGGCGGCGAGUGAAAUGGUGACGUGGAAAACGGGCCUAAGCAAGUCUUUUUUUAAUACUGCUGUUCUGGAAAGCAAGUUAAUCUUGGCUUAGAAAUAAAUAUGAAAGAAACUCAAAUUAUUUAAUAUCUUCACAACAUUUACCGUUCAGAAUUAAUGCAUUGUGCUGAUAUUCAUCGGACAUAUGUCCGGCCCAAACUCAACGUCAUCAGACAUUUUGUCAGACGGCCUUGUAAAAGAUAUUUUAAGGCCUGGUUAUGUUCUGGUGAAGCACAAGGCUCGGUACUUAUAGAAUCCUUCACCGCUAUAGCAACACCACUCCUGCACGCUUGCCAGUUGAACGGUCUUCACGAAAGAUUUGAUACCCGUUUGGAAUAACUUCGUAAUCAGUUAUGCAAUUAUUCAACCAGGUCUCUGUGAGAGCGAUGACAUCGAAUUGGUUUAACAAUACAAUAUCUUGGAAACAUGACAAUUUAUUCCGGCGCCCCUGGCUAUCGGGACCCUACAGUAGUUAAGAUACUCUUAAUGUUAGGAUGCUUCAAGAAUUCAACCAUUAGGGUUUGGUUGCAACCCCGUUGCUGGAGAAAACCAGUACCGUUCUUCUCUCUCGUGAAUUCUCACAAAUACCUGCAUGAUUCUCUUCCAAAAAGAAAUCGGACAAACCAUCCUUAAACACAACAAAAAAGGCACGCUAACCACACAUUUAUCUUGUAGUUGUUGUAAUCUCAAGGUUGUAGUUAUUGUGCAGUGUAUGCCGUGCAUGCAGUAGUUGUUGAAGUGGUGCCUUUCAAUCUGCACCGACUGGCUUCAUUCUAGCCUCUCGGCGCACCUGCAUGGUACGGGCCAGAAUACGGGCUAAGGAAUCUGUUUUUGUGGCAGCUCGAUCUCUUCCGAAAAUUAAGGCUAUGUCUUAAUUGUAAAAAGCGUUCAAAUUAAGACAUUGCCUUAAUUUUAAACAUAACCCCAACCCCCACUCUAACCUCUAACCUUUUUUUUGCUAUGCCUUAAUUUUGGAGAAUUUCAAAAUUAAGCUAUAUCCUUAAUUUUCAAAAGUUUUACAAUUAAGACAUAGCCUUAAUUUUGAGAAGAGAUCAUGUUGUUUUGUGGACAGGUUCAAUUUUAAUGUUAAAAUUGUGGAGGUUUUGAAUUGAUUUCAAGUAGUACUACGUACUACACGAUUCAUUGUUUACACACGCCACUUUCAGUGCCAUCGCAUCGUCACGGCAAAAUUUCGUAAAAGGUGUGCGGUGCAUUACAUUUCGAGAAAUUUUCAGUGAUAAAUGUCAUUACUGUACCGUAGUAAAUUUGUUCAAAGUAUGAGAUACUGAUGGCCUCGAAUGCCGUACAGUAAAGCUUCCUGUGUUGAUUACUCCGUCCCCUUGAGCUACACUGUAAAUUGAAAGGGAUAUUUUUACACCAAAAAUUGUUUUGACUGCAAUUCUUAGCCAAUAAAUAAUAACUUCUUAUUAACCGAGCGAGAGGUCUUUACAGAGAAAUAUUAUAUCGGACCGAGGUCUUUUUUGUACAGACCGAGCCCGUAGGGCGAGGUUUGUACAAAAAGAGCGAGGUCCGAUAUUUCUCUGUAAAGACCGAGCAAGCGAGGUUAAUAAAAAGGUUAUUAUAUGGCAUUUAUAAGCAUUUAUAGUCGAAACAAACAAGAAAUGCAUGAUUUGAAAUGUAUAUUAGUAGCGUGGUACACAUUUGAUCGAAGAAAACAAAAAAUACCAAUGUAUUCCUUCCUUUCCACUAAAAACCAUUCGAACCGCAGAUAUCUUAUUAAUAACAAAUUGCCGCACAGCAAAGCUUCCUGUGUUGAUUACUCCGUCCCCUUGUACUAUACAUUGUUCUACAAUUGAAAGCUGGUUAAAUGGUUAAAUCACUUUAGAUCAUCUCUUUGGGAUAUUUUUACACCAAAAAUUGUUUUGACUGCAAUUCUUAGCCAUUGAAUAAUAACUUCUUAUUUACCGAGCGCGAGGUCGGUCUUUACAGAGAAAUAUCGGACCGAGGUCUUUUUUGUACAGACCGAUCGAGCCCGUAGGGCGAAGUUUGUACAAAAAGACCGAGGUCCGAUAUUUCUCUGUAAAAGACCGAGCAAGCGAGGUUAAUAAAAAGUUUAUUAUAUGGCAUUUAUAGGCAUUUAUAGUCGAAACAAACAAGAAAUGCAUGGUUUGAAAUGCAUAUUAUAGUAGCGUGGUACACAUUUGAUCGAAGAAAACAAAAAAUACCAACGUAUUCCUUCCUUUCUACUUAAAACCAUUCGCAGAUGUCUUAGUUUCAAUUAGUUUUGCUGUUUUAAUAAUAAUUUUGCUGCCAAUUAGUUGUGCGUUUAUUUUUGCGUAAUGGCACGCCGGUCCAUCACGGGAAAAUAAUGGACCACUGAAAGUGCUUCUCAGCCAGUCACAAUCACAGCUUGAAAGAGCAUCACAAAAUUAGUAAUAUUCCAAAGUUUCGUUGCGAAAUGUUGUAAAAUACGGAUAAUAUAGGCUUAUAUAGCCUUGCAAAGUUUGCCGUUUUUCAGUCAUUUUGCAUUACGCGGGGAAAAUUGACAGCUCAAUACCCUUUGGGUUUGGGUUUGUCAAUUUCCCGUUUGUAAUACAAAAUGACUGAAAAACGGCAAAUUUCCAAGGCUAUAUUAUCCGCAUUUUACAACAUUAUAAUUUCGCAACGAAACUUUGGAAUAUUACUAAUUUUGUGAUGCUCUUUCAAGCUGUGAUGAAAUUUUUGUCUAGACUUGUUUAGAUCAAAAUUUAGUCUAUAAUGCAAAUGGUCCAUUGUUAUUGUAAAAUUUAAAAAAUUUUCUUUGUAGUUUCUCGUCUAAAUUCUGUGCUAAGUGCUUAUCAGCGAAAAUAUCUUCCUGUUCGAGAUGAAGAAGUCAAGGUACUUUACUAUCAUGAAUGUUAAGGCCUAGUAUAGAUAGUAACUAAAUUAUUAUUUUGUCGCAAACAUAUAUUAUUAACAUGAUAUAGAAGUUUAAUUAACUUCAUAGUAUGAAUGACUGUAUGCUGUACAAUGUUUAACAAUAUAUAUAUUUUAUAUUUAACAUACUGUGUAUUCUUGGUUGAAUGUUUUAAGUCUGAAGAUCCACUCCAUCCUUGGCUGUCUGACUCAAGGUAAAAUCAUGGUGAAUACGUUUUCCGUGUUGAAGUGCCCCCACAACCUUCCACACCUGGUGGCCACCACUCACUGACAUAAGAAAACUGAAUAAUAUGAUGAUGCAUGCAUGCACUGCAGAAUGAUGCAAAGAUUAUGCUAUAAUUUAUAUCCAAAUAUGCUUUUAUAUUCUUUAGUGUUUUGUCCCCUCUUCUCAUCGAGUACGACAAUACUAUUCGAAAUUUAAAGAAUGAAUUAAACCAGUACAAGGUGAUAAUAUUUAACUUAAAGUGCUUAUGAAACGAAAUUUUCACCUCAUUUUUUAUUGUUGUGCUAAAAAGUACUGCUAGAGCGGUGAAGAAUGACGUUUACAGUUUCUUCAUAUCUCAUCUCAUUCUCAAGUUAUCGCACUUUCUAAAUUUUGAGUUGUGACGUCACUGGUUUGACUUGAGAUAAUGGCAAUAACAAGAAAGUCUGAUAUCUUAGUGAGUAUUUAAUAAAAUUCAAUGAAACUCGGUACACUUAGUGGGUAGACCCAUAUGAAUAUUUUUGGCAGGUCAUGUGGUUGUCAUGGCAACACACUAGUCCCCAGUCUCUUCUCUUCCAUUUCACAAAUUUCCUCCUGUAGACCUCUUGCAGAGGAUGUUUGCAUGUUAUAACGGUUUAAACUGAUCACAAUAGCUACACGUAUUAUAAUAAUAAGCGACAAUUGCAGAAAUUACUAUUUAUUUCGUUGGAAAUGGAUCAUAUAGAAAUUGGAAGAGAAGGGACUGGGGACGAGUGUGUUGCCAUAACAACCAUAUAAACAAGCCAAAUUGUUCACUUCGUUGCACCCACUAAGUGUGCCAAGUUUCAUUGAAUUAUAUUAAAUGAUCAUCAAGACAUCAGAUUUUCUUGUUAUUGCCACUAUUUGAGUCAAACUAGUGACGUCACAACUCAAAAUAUAGAAAGUGCGAUAACUUGGGAAUGAGAUGAGAUACGCACAAACUGUAAACGUCAUUCGUCAUCAUUUAAGCAGUACCUUUUAAUAAGACAAUAAAAAUUGAAGCAAAAAUUUCGUUUCAUAAGCACUUUAAGAAUUGAUGGCGAUUCAUUGUGCUGCGUUUGGUACUUUUUUCUUACCACUGUAUUUUAGAGAGAACAAGCAUCUUUGAAGGAGAGAAUUUCAGAAGUGGUUCACGAGAAUGGAAAGUUAGUUCAUAUCGCAUAAUUGUUUUUAAUCAGAAAUCUAGAUUUUACCUCGUGCUUGUUGAAUGGUGUAUACCAGUGAAAUGAAUAUAACUGGAACGCCAACUCCAACUGGAAAUUUGAAGCCAAACUUGAAGGCCAGUCCCAGUCUUUUCACGCAUGCGAAGAGCACGGUGGAUUCACUGUAUGGGUUUAGAUAGAUAGAUAGAAAAACUUUAUUUAAACACGCUGACAUGUUUAUACACACCUAAGGUAUUUUUUGCUAUGAAAUUAUCCGGCAUUUAUUGGGCGGGGGCGGGGUGUUUAACAUUGGGGGGAAAUAUACAUGAGUGACUCAUAGGAUUAGUCUCAAGGAACUGGAACCCAACCUCAGAGUUUCAAAGAACUGGAAUCCGACCUAAGACGGGACAAUUAUUAGCUUCAUUGUCAACACCAUCAAGGUAAUUUAAUUAAGCGAAACAAGACAAUACAGGAGUUGAUUUUGUUUGUAUUUUAAAAGAAUGUUGCAGGAACGCCGUCUGGCUCUGGAACGCGAGAUGGGCACAGCACGGACUGGAAUGGAGUCAGAGAAAACUGCUGUUGAUAGCAAUAUUUUGGACAAUCUACAACAUCAACUAGAAAUUACAACGAAGGUAACUUCAUGUUAAAUGAAUGCACUAAUGUUUUAAUUCUUUAACACUAUUUUUAAGCAGUCGUUCCGUGAAUGUAGAAGCUCGCAAUAUUAAAUGUGCAUUUUGUGUUUCUAAUAUACUGAUCACAACCGAGUUAGAGUGAAAAACGAUAUCCUUUCUCACAUCAUGUGACCAGGUCGUGUCCGCAUUUUUGGGUGGCAAACCACACGGGGAAAUUUGACUGCAACAACCAAAAGUGUGAAUAUAUAAUGAAGUAGAAACACAGUGCUAUUGUUUAUGUCUGAGUACUAGUUACUUCACUAAAUCACUCCUUCGCUCACGGGGAAACUCAUCUGAGUGAAAUCUGCAUGGCCUUGUUAAUACGUGUGCAUGUGCUGAUAUAAGAGACGCGCCAGCCUGGAUAUAUGAGAUCUCACCUUGUGCUAAGUUGGAUCUCGAUCGAGUGGGCAACAUUUUCCACAUAAAGGCUUUAUCCCAUCUCAUGAUGGACAUUUUGACCUAUAGUAUUGAGCGGCGUACCUGGAAAAUAUAUUACAAGAAAAUUAAAGACUUAUGGACUUACUAUAAAAGUCUUAAUAGAACGCACAAUUUGUUCAAUCACGAGAUAUCUGUAUGGCGCCAUGUUUGCGUCAUUCUAAGUCAUAUGAACACAGAAAUAAAUCAUCCAAUUAACCUGCUGUUGGUGAGCUUCCCGGCCAACAGGGUGCGCACACACCGCAGCACAACCUGUCAGCCUUAAUUUGCACGCCACAGUAUAAAGUAUAGCUUGAAUUUUGAUACAGGCAGUAUACAUGUACAGUAGCAGAUGUAAAAUUUUAUCUUUUACUGCCUUGCUAGUGAGAAGGAAUUAACUUGAAGCAUGCCUUUUUCUUAACUGCAUGCUAAACAAGUCAAAAGCACUCAUUUUAAACUACAGCACAUGAAUUGUAUUUAAGAAGAAAUUUUGUUCGUUCAUAUACACUUUUCUUGCCAAAGGAAAGGGAUUAUAACAGUGAAAUGCUGGAAAAGACUUCGCAAGAACUGGAAGAACUGCAUCGCGUUCACAAGGUAGAAUCUAAACAUUUUCAUUUAGUAGUGAAAUAUAUAAUGACUCUUUACCCAUCUUUCCUGUCGCAAAAAUUUAGGACAUUUUCGUUUCUAUACCUACGCUUCAAUCUAAAUUUAAUAACGCAUUUAACUCAAACGAAAUCGUGAUGUUUGGAAUCACAAACCAUCAGUUUUAAUUGAUAAUCGUAGUCAUAGUAAGAUAAGUAUAGACAAUCUACUGUAAUAUUUCAUUCUAAAUAAUUUAUACAGUAUAUUGAAAUACUUUUGAUCAUCGGACGAAUUGGAAUGUUGCUAUCGCCACCUUAAGUAAUUUUACCAAAUGCAUUUUUCGUGUUAAUUUAUAUCAAACAGGAGAUGGCAGAAGAGCUUGCAAGUAAACUGGAUGAAGCCAAAUACCUGCAGGUGAGUCGGUAUACAUCGACAAAAAAUAAAAAAGUUUUGUAAAGUAUUUUCUCUCGGUCCCAAAAUUUCAUAACUAUUUUCUCGCGGCCUGCGGCGUUUUUGUCUUUUGAGGCCUCGAGAAAAUAAUAUCUAACCGGACUUCGUAUGGCUUGUAUAACUGAAUUACAGAACGAUUUGCUGAAAGCUCGUCGAUUUGCUGAACAGUUACAAGUAACCAACAGAAAAUUGCAAGUGGUAAGUAAUAAAAUAUUGUUUUUGGUUGCAAUGUGAUUUCAUUACAAUGUGCUUCAUCAAAAAGCAAGCGGGGCUAUUGUUGACUUUAUAUAGGAAUAUGAUCAAUUUUUGGUAACGGCCGAAGCCCAAGAUCAAGAAGUUGAAUCUUCACGUGAAGAGAUAAGGUAUACGAACACGAAUAAAAACUUUACUCGAAUGAAAAGUGAGACCAACUAUACAUAUAGCAGCGUGCCCAAUAGAAGCCAGCAUCCGGCAAUUUUCGCCGUCCAUAUAUACCAUGUACAAUCGCCGGCUAUUUCUCCACAUUAAACCAAAAUAUUUCCUCCUUACCAAAGAAAUGUCAAAGGAAAAGUUUCUUACUUUUAAAAUGUAAAUUAUACAUAAUGUAAAAUAUGGUGAGCCCCCAAUAUGUAAUACAUUAUUGAACAAAAUCAAAAUGACGAACGGUGUGCUGUUUUUCUGGGGCCGGUUGUAUAAAAAGUGAUUAAAGUUAAUCAUAGUUAAGUGGAAAUGUCAUCCAAUAAGAAGCGCCUAUUUGAGAGUUAAUCACUAUUUAACUACAAAAUAGUGAUUAAAAAAGUGAUUAAGAGUUUUAUACAACCGGCCCCUGGUCGUAUGUUGAUCAAAAUAAAGAUACCACUACUGCACGGAGAAAGUAUCAAGAGCUAAGACUUACACACUAUCUACUUUGUUAUGUCGAUGCCCUUAAAUCACUGUUAAUUAUAGAAUGAUUGUCCAACACCACCCCCACCCCACCCCCCCACCACCACCACCGGGAGAAAAGUUGUAAUGGUGAUGUAUAUUUUCUUAUAAAUUUUCUAGGCGAAACAAAACUGAACUAAAGUCUUUAACUUCAGCAAACGAAGAUCUAAAGCGAAGGUUAAGCGCGUUGCAAGGACAAACGAAAUUACGGGUGAGCACAUGAAUACAUUCACGUUCUACUACUGAGGUGGCUGUACUGUUUUUUCUUACGCAGAAUAUUGACAUAUUGUAUCUAAGACUAUACGUAACACUACGCGGGAGCGAUGUUGUUUGAAAACGUCCAGGGAUGGAUCCAGCAUGAUCUGGUAAGGGGGGGGGGGUGCUCUGCCAGCUCUGGUGCCGAGUUGUGUCAGUCAUGUGCGCCGCCCACCCAUCAACUUGCUUGACGACUGCAAAGUCUUGCUUGACUACUGUAUUUGAAUUGUAAUUGUUCAGAGUUCGCUUAUCAUCAUGUUAUUACGUUAUUAUGAACAUACUGUGCGAAUAUACCGCCUUAGAUUUACUAGUUCGAUACAUUUAUAUAGGAAAAAGACAAGGCGUUAUUGAGCAGUAAAGAACAGGAUGUAGAGUCUCGACUGGAGGAAUACAGAACAAAAGUUAUAGAAUUGGAAUCGAGGUGACCGUAACAGAAACAAUAAGAUAUGCUCUAGCUAAAAACAGGUCUACUGGUAUAGUAUACUUUUACUGUUGUGCUACAGACUGGUCAGUCUGACAGACUGUCAAAUGUUUCAUGUUGGUAUAUCAAAUGUUUCAUGUUGGUAUAUAAGACGAGUUUUAAAUCACAGAGGAAAGACAAGAAGAAUUUAGAAUUAGAUUGUGAAAUAAAAAUACAAUAUGAAUGGAGGGACUGGAGACAGACAUAUACUAUAACAACUGUUUAUUUGAGUUGCUUUGUUUUCUAGACUGACUAGCUCCAUGGGUAUGUGCAAGCGAGUUCAAGAACAAAAUACCGCGCUCGAAGAACGCAUUGAAGCUCUCUUAAAGAAGAGGUAAGCAGAAUUUAUGUAAUAACGUAUUUUCAGCUCAUAGUAAUAUUGGUUAUAUAAUAUCGUAUCAAAGAGAUAUUUUGAAUCUUCUGAUAGUUUUCUAUGUUCAUUUAUCAUGGUCCGUCAAAACUGAAUAUAUUUUUUCAUCGAUCAUCGAAUAUAUUUUUUCAUCCAAAAUCUUCAUAAUCAUCAAUAAAUUCAAUUUUAAAUUUUUCAGUCUAGAACAAGAACGUGUGGAGUAUGAAGCUGGUAAACAUGUGCGAGAGAGUAUGCAGUUGGUAGAGAAUGCUGUUCUCGAACGUGAUCAGGUAUAUAAUGUAAUACAAUAUAAUGAUUUGAGGAAACAAGAUGCACGAAAUUUACUUAUGUGUAUUUUCAUCAUAGAAAUAUCUAUUAUUUCUAUGAUUUUCAUAGCCUACACACUACGUUCAGUGAACUCCAUAUAUAUCUGGAGUGAGAACUCAAGUCGGAAAAGUGAAACCAAAGAUGGACGAUUUUGACUUCGAUUGAAAGAAUAAUACUAUUUAGUAUAAUUACAUAGGUGAUUAUUGAAAAUUCUCCACGCUGAUUGGUUACCGUUGAGGUGAUUAUUACGCGAUAAUCACCUAAGCGAUUUUCAAAAUGGCGGCCGAAGCCGUUUUGUCAAUUAAAAGACGAAGAAAUGUGCAUUUUUUUAUUUUUUUCCAAAUAAUCACCUAUGAAAUUAUACUAAAACAAUUAUUCACCUCAGGCUUGGUGAUUAUCGUGAAUAAAAACCUCGACUUCGUCUCGGUUUUUAUUCACCGAUAAUCACCUCGCCUUCGGUGAAUAUUUGUUAAAUAAUGGUUUUAUGAACAGAUAACAUGAUUCGCUAAUCAGUCCGUUAGAAAAAACUGGAAUUAGCUGGGAAAAUGGUAUUAAAACUGUUUACAACCUUCAUAGCUAUACUGGACGUCAAUUUCGCCAUCUUGGCUUCACUUUUCUUACAGGCCGAAUGGCAGAAGUUCUUUCUCCAGAUACAUACAGUAUAUAGAGCUCUCUGAGUGCAGUAGGAUAUAAGAAAAAAUGUGUCGCCUUAUAAAAGAUGCUAGUAUAAGACAUAAGAACACUUAGUAGGCUAUACUAUAAGAUUAAUGUCAGAAAUAAUUGUUCCGCAUUAAGAAUCCUCGCAUAGGUCGCACAAUAUUCCAUUCAUGCCUGUACCUUUUGCACUGUGUUAAGGUGUUGGUAAGAGAAAAGCAAAAAUCUGAAGAGGUGAACAGACUGCACGAAGUUAUUCAGAAGUUACUUCAUGAUGCUGGUACAAAAACAAAAGAAGAAGUAAGACGAAUUUACUCAUAGACAUAGACAUAGUAUGAUAGAGAGGUUAAGAUACCUCGGUUUCGGUGUACGGGUACGGGUAGCAAGAUUUUGGUUAGCAAUAUUGUCGUCGAUGUCUGUACCUUUACUCGUAAUUAAGGUGCACAUUUUUCGCAUUAUAUCAUUGUCUAUUGCAAGAAAGCAGAAAAAGUAUGAUCGACUUACAGACAUCAGUAAAACAAGAUGACACUACUCGUACCCGUACACCGAAACCUCUUAACCCCUUUAACCUCUCUAAUGUCUAAUCUCCGCCCGGUCCUGGCAUUAGAAGUAUUUCAAUGUUUCGAGCAAAGGCUCGCCGCCGUAGAGUUGGCAGUUGCUGCUAACUAUCCUUGCAAAGAGGGGCCAUCGGUUGAAACGUCUGAAUUUUCUCCUGGCUUAUAUUGUUCAGGCAGUCCAGAGCCAUCACACAACGGUUAGAUGAUUGCAGAUCUCGAUCUACGCUGUCCCCCAAGUUAUUCAAUAUUCAUGACAUUCAUAUACAAUUUACAGCGUAAAAAACACAUGCAGUAUAAUGUGCGUUAAAUAUUGACUUUCACAACUUACGUGCCUUUUCUUUGCAAUAAAAAUGAGGACCUUUAAAAAACCUCGAAUGAUAGCUACCUUGCUUCUUAUAUGAUUAUGGACAGAAAUGCUUGCAUGCAUGCGUGAGAUAUUUGGAUAUGAAGAUUGGAAGCAAUGUGCAGGGUGUAUAAAAAAGUACUUUAUUAUAUAAACAUAAGUGUUAUAUAGAGUUUUUGGCCACUGAGAAAAAUCGUAUUUAAACACACGUAAAAAAUACGAUAUUUUUACGUGUGAAAAUAUCAUUUGUUGUAAAACGCAUUGCCACGGACGUUUUAUUGUUUUUCACUGAAUUUUGUUUAUAUAAUAAACUGAAAAAUACAUGGGUGCUUGGAAAUACCAGAUUUAUUUCUCGUGUUGAAAAUGAUAUCUCACUCGUUCGCUGCGCUCACUCGUGAGAUAUCAUGUUCAACACUCGAAAUAAAUGUGGUAUUUCCGCGCACCCAUGUGUUAUUCUCUAUGUAAUCCUGCUUUCGAGUGCUCUUGUGCGCUCAAUAUUGAGUUUACAGGUUUAAUUUUUUCACAGUAUUAAAGAUUAGGGUUUUAGCUUUCGAAUCACACUUUUUGUAAAAUUUCAAGCAAAAACGAUCAAAUUUGGCGGUUGAAAUCGCAUUUUUCUACCUAUGUGCAUUAUUAUAGCAUGAGUGCAGAACAAAUAAAGAAAAACCAAUUUAAUCUCUAAUAUGCCAUGCCAAACAAUAAGCUUAAAACAGAAGUGACCAGAUGUUAGGGCUUUUGAAUUAAAAUUCAUGAAUUGUAGAUCCAAAUGCAUUUCCACCGGCAAUAUUUAUUCGAUUCGAUAAAAAAAAAACGUAUCAUUGGACGAACUUCCACUUUCCAACUUCGCUUGAUGUUCGGACUCGAGUUUUAGUUUAGUUUCGUGUAGUUUUAUCAGCUACAGUAAAAGCCUGAAUUUUCUUGCUAUUUAAAAAUUUUAUCAAUAAACUCAAUAUCCAACGCACAUGAACAUGCUGAAGUUGUUUUAGCCUACCUUUUUAUAUACACCCUGCAACAGUUUUGUACCUGCAUGACCAUAGAUAAUCAUUGAAUUGAUUGAAAUCAUUGAAAAAAUAAUCAUUGAAUUGUUUACAAACUCGUCAUUUCUUCACUGUAUUAACGCUCUUUCACUGCAGGUGAGAAAAGUGAAGGAUCAUUGUAACAAAAAUUUACAGAAACUGAUGGAAGAAUUACAAUACAUGGAAAUGGUUAGUUUCCAGCGAUGAUUAAUAUUAGGAUUAAUAUUAUAUUAAAAGGGUUUGCCAACAUUCGGUCGAAAUUAUACGGAUCCUCUCUGGUUCUCCAAUAUAGAAUUUCUCCUGUGUCGAAUGUGCUCUUGCAUGUACAGGUACUAUCUUUUCAGAUUUAACCCAUUGACCGUCAGCGCUCUCCCUUUGACGAGUAAAAUCGUUUGGCGUUAGACAGUAAAAUAAUAAAGUAGGACGCAUUAGGGGGCAAUGCAACUUAAUUGGUCAAGAAACGUGUACUCACAUUUUGGCAUUUCAAAAAUAAGUAUAGGUUAUCUUCCCCCCAUCAAAUUUGUAUUCCAGAAUUGCUCGCGUUUUCACUGCAUGAUCAUGCAUGAAGACUGAGAAUUAUAAUUUUGGAACGGUGAUUUUAUUCUUCAUGGUAAUCUUAUAGUGGAACACUUUUGCAUCUAUAAUAUAACAAUAAAAGCAGUGGCCAACACCAAUUAAUAUUUGUUGGACCAUUUGAUUUUAGUACGUAAGCGAGCAAUGGGGCAUAUAUGUCCUUCUAGGUUAGCACUUUUUUCCAUCCAGCAAACCGCCCUAUCGAUUUUGUAAAGUCGUUUCUUUUUGGAUUUUUUUAUUAAUUCGGUUAGGGUUCGAGUUAGGGUUAGGGGUUAGAGUAGGGGUAGGGUUUGGGUUAGUUACAUAGCCAUUUAACACCUCUUCUAUCUUGCGAAAAUGACGUCAGGUCAGUUUGCUGGAUGGAAAAUAGUGCUAACCGUCCUUAUACGGUCAGAAAGUAUAGGCAUAGGGAUUAAAUAUUACAGGCGCACGAUUAUGUCGCACACUUAAUUUACAGUACAUGUGUAAGAAACCUUUAGAGUUUAUGAGGUAUAUUUCAUUCGAUAUUCUUUAAAGCUACAUACAAUUUCCCGAAACUUUGGCCACAAUUGUGUUGGGAAAUUGAAGCUUUUUUGGGAACUCCGAAAUCAGUAUUAAAAAGUUCAAGCGAAUAGUGCAUGUCGUCUGUGCAUGUGGCUGCUUGGCUGUAUGCUUUGGCAAAAUUAUAAGCUUUAAGUAUGAAAGCAAGCAUAUGAAUAUGUUUUAGUCCGUGUCCACAAUUUGUGUUAGUCCGUGUUUAUACUUUGUCUUUGUGCAUUCCGUAAUUUACAUACGCUUCACAAUACCCGCAUGUUAAUAAGUUUCAAGCUAAUGUUUACAUUGCACUUUACCUGCUCUGCGAUGGACGCCGUAACUGUAAUCUUACCGAAAUAGCUUGGACUAAACCUAUGCUGAACGUAUCAAUAUAAUACUCGCUUGGCUGAAGUGCCUUCAAGUUUCACGGAGAGUUGUGUUGUCCAAGAAUGUCAAUCAAUGUUCGCGAUAGAAAAUGGAUUUUUGAGUUUUUACCGGUAAAAGGCGUCUGAUUUGUAUUAUAUUGCUCCGAUAAGCAAUUGGCAUCAACUAUUAUUUUAAACGUAUUUUGUGUUAACUAACAAUGUUGACUUACUGCACUAUAUUAUAUUAAGUUGUUGCUUGUCGUUAACAUGCGACUAAGAAAUAAUCCGUCACUUUAUGAUGAGGUUUUACUCACAAAUAUAGACUGUAUGGAUUCCUAGGUAUAUCAGUAUGAAUAUUGGGCAUUAUAUAUAGCGGUUCAGGCAAUAUAAUAAUUGUACCUUACGUAUAUUUUGCAAUUUUUCUUAAAAUGACGUAAUGUGUAAAGAUUCCCAUAGCCUAUUGUUUCUGGUAAACAGGUUAUCCGGCCUCAAACAUUCUUGCAUGUGUGGAGUAAUUAUCAUUGGGGUUUUAUUGAUGAGGUUUUACACGUCUAAAAAUAAUGAAUAGCCGUUUUCACAUUAGAAGUCGGACAAGUCGUCUAGACAAACAAAUCGUCUCAAAAUCGUCUUUUAGUCGGAUAAAUCAUCAGAUGUGAAAACGUGUCGGACAAAAUUUUAGACGAACAAGUCGUCUGAAUUUGUUCGACUAUACUUGUCCGUCUGUGAAGACGAUUUUUGAGAGACGAUUUGUUCGUCUAGACGACUUGUCCGUCUCUAAUGUGAAUAGGGCUAAUAAUAAUUGAUCUAACAGAACCAAUGUUAUGGCCGUUGUAAUGAGAGCUAUCGAAGUUAAGAGCUAACCUAUAAAAACUUGACAAAACUGCAUGGAUGUACGGUUACAAAAAUCUCCGUUAUCCCACUAUAUUAAGUUUAGUUUACUUGAUAUCCAAAAUCACUUUGCUUCGUGUUUUACAUCACCAUGCAGUGUUUUAUAAAAUAUAGAACGUGCGCGUUUACUUAGCGAAAAACAAAUCAACCGCUCUGAUAUUUGGUGAGCGCAGCCAACCGGUAACCUUCUCUUCACUGGUUUAAAAUACGUACGUUUCUUUUACCCUGCAAGCAAUGGUUCUGAGCUAAGUUUCUUUUAGACUUGCUCCAAGUCUCUCUUUCAUUGUCUUUCUGUAUCGAUCCACUAUAGUUUCCGAAAGACCAUGAAAGAGAGACUUGGAGCAAGUCUAAGUUUUUUUACGCAUCCCAAGAUCUAAGUUUCUUGAAGAGAGCAAGUCUAAGUUUCUUUACGCAUUCUCAAAUUAUUUUCUUUCCACGCACCUUGUUAUUUGUUAAAGUUAUCAUGUUGUAUAAAGUGAUUGGUUAGCGCACAUGUUUUAAUCAUGAUCAUAAUUUCCCCUUCUGCUUCAGGAAGGAGCUGAGAAACAAGCGCAACUGGAGCGCGCAUUGAGAGAGAAGGGAGCUGUGGAAAAAGAACUUGAGAAGGUAGUUUCUAUGAAUUUUUCACUUUAUUUCUAUUUGGGGCCUCCCUUUAGUUGGGGACCCGGGGCAAAUUUCCACCUCCUGCCGGCGCCACUACAUGGACUUAAACAGAUACAGAUGUUCAUACAUGCAUACAUUCAGGGAACCCGUUUACCGCUUAUUGGAAACGGUUCAGUAAAUCACAGGAAGCGAAAUUUCAAACUCAAUCUAACCGUGCGAAAUACUCAUCAAAUGAUAUCUUAACCCUAAUUAUUUUUGGAAAACAGUAUCCCGCCUACGCGGUUAAACUCGAUAAUAUUGCGGACAAUAGGUGAUUCCAGCUAUCGACUAAUUUUUAUCUAGACAAGAAGGACGAAAUCUAUCAUUAUAGCUCAAAAGAGCAUCCGAAAAUUAUAGUAAAAUUGCAAAGUUUGGUUGCGAAAUGUUGUAAAAUACGAAAAAUAUAACCCUGUGUAAAUUUUACUCAAAAUUUGCUAAUUUCACAGUGCUAUAUUUUCCCUAUUUUGCAACAUUUUGCAACUAAAUUUGGCAAUGUUACUAAUUUAAGGAUGUUCUUUUAAGCUACUGUAUAUAAUGAUAGAUUUCGUCCUUGUCUGGAUUAAAAUUCAGUUUAUUGUUGCAGUGUUGAAUUUUUACUAUACGCAGAAUAUUGUUGUAUUACUUGACCAUUUUAUUUUAACCAAGUUUUCUGUCACAACUUGUCGAUAUAGAUUUAUCAAGAAGGCCCUUCAGAGAUCACUAGAACAGGAAUGACAUUCGAACAAUUACAAAAGAAAAUCAUCAUUGCCGAGAAAACUAAGGAAGAAGCCUUGCAAGCCAGAGAGUCACUUACAUCGCUUAUGCAUAAAAUGGAGAAGAAGUAUGUUCAUUCCUUUCUAAACUUUGAAAAAGAAACACGAUGCAUUUUCUCAGACCUCUCCAGCUUUACCUUAAGGCUAACGAAAAGCUCGGUCCUUCUCAGACAGUAAAGUCAAAGCAUUGGCAUGGCUUUGUACUAGAUACCGGAUUCGAACUUGCAUGCAUCUUCGGAGACUGGGCUUUCUGAAACAUGUUUCCAUUCGUUUAGUCUCAAAAGGAGAGUAUUUUUCUGUUUAUGAGGUUUUUUCCAGUCAACAUGCCUCGUACGGCCGACCUGCAUGCAACUAAAAUCUAAUGUUAUAUAAAAGCUCCCGAGGAACGCCACGAAUAUGCGGCCAUACCUGUGCGCUACCUACUGGGAAUAUUCUUCACUAUGUGACCAAAACAAAAUUGUAGCCAGGGAAUUGCGUUUGACUGAACGAAAUGCCCCAGUCACAGAUGAUUGAGGCUAGCGCACAUAUUAGUCUGCCAACAGGCCUGGGAGUAUACAAUCCCAGGUAUACGCCAGGGAUCGAGAUGUGACCAGAUUUUUUGCAACUUAAAUUAAAGUAUGCUCUCACACUGGAUAAUUUGGGUAAAAUUGGCAGGAUAAUUUGGGUGAAAAUUAGGCAGCUCAUUAAUAGUCUAUUUUGUGGCUAUCGACGCUUGGAGAUUACCGAUCCAAGAAUGCUGCCGAAACCUAUACUCGCCUGGGCACAGGUGCCCCAGCUAGUAACAAGCCGUUCAUUCCGGAAAAGUUCCGGUUGGGCCGUCGAAAUAUGCUUGUUCCAUUUACUUUCUGUAUGGAAUCACCGGAAUUUCCAUGUAAAUGGUAAACAACCCUGAUGAAGUAUAUUGAUCCUGUCUUUGGACUGGAUCAAAAUUAAUUCAGUCUUUGGUCAAAUCCUCCCAUUCGGACUGGACUAGAUUUCAAGUCCUCGCAUUUUGAUCCAUACCUCGUCUUCACCUCGGACGUGAUCAAAUUGCGCGGACGUGAAAUCUAGUCCAGUCCUCGUAGUCGGAUUUGAAAUAUUACUUCUGAUUUUUAACAUUUGGUGCUCAUUCAACUGAGUGAUUCCAUUGUUCUGUUUCAUUUAAAGGCACGAUCGACAAAAGACGCAGCUACUGCUUCAGAACGAAGAACUUAAGAAACGAGUCAAGCAGUUGAUAUCGGAAAGUGAAGAUAUUGCAACAAACAGAUUGAUGCUUAUAGGUAACAAACAUUGUUCAUUCUAUACAGUACAGCUGUCAUUUUAUCGCUCGUCUUCUAAAGGCACAGUUCAGCCUUUUGAAUGAUUGAUUUUAUUUUUAAGGCGCAUUACAACCCUUUUAAUUGAAAAAACUAGGAAAAUCAAUUAAGCAUAAUUCAAGAUCAGUGAUCUCAAUGCUUUUAACAUUUUUGAUGUUAAAAACAUUGAGUUCACUGAUUUUGAAUUAUGCUUAAUUGAUUUUCCUAGUACGUUUUUUCAAUUAAAAGGAUUGUAAUGCGCCUUAAAAACCAUCAUUCAAAACGCUAAACUGUGCCUUUAACUUUUAUUGUUUAACUUUUCUUCUUUAACUUGUAUUACUCUUUGCUUUUCGUUAUCUUGUAUAUCAUUGUCGUAAAUUUAAUUUCUAUGCUUCUAAAAGUGCAUUGUGUGGGGUGAACAAAACUGCAUGUUGUUUUGUUUGGUGCAUGUUCUAUUUGUAUAGUAUAGCUUACCGAACGUGCAUGAUAUAACGUAUGAUCACAUGUUAAGUUUAUAGAUCUCAAAUUGCAAUGGUAAUCAAUAAAAUCCAAUCUCGCCGCAAUAAACAAGAGAACAAAAUAUGAAGGACAGACAUGAAUAUUUUGAGCGCGUGCACCGUCCAAGGUGUCGUAAGAAGUAGUUUAUAUAGUGAACCUUUAGUACGGAUGUUCUCUACAUGUGACUGCUUAUAUGUAUAAAUAACUAUAGUCUCUGCUAAAAUUUGAUGCAAAGUAGUACACGUAUAUAUUAUCUUCAAAGGUGUGUCUCCAAUUGUGUACAAAUAUAGAUGAAAUCGACAAUUUAAAGCGGGAAUUGCUGCUCUCUCAAACAGUUCAAGAACAAUUAAAGCAGAAGUCUGUCACAGAGGUACGGUUAUUUUCAGAAUUUUUUUACGUAUUAAGCUUUUCAGAUGUUGCAAAAACUGUGAAGUUUCGGUUGGUAAAGUUGUCUGAACGCUUAAAUUUGAAGAAGAAUUUCAAAAGUUGUUAGUUUUUGGAUAAUCCGCUUCAUUAGUUGAACUUUGAAACAUCCUUUUUCGAAGAGAUAAUCUUUCAAGCCCUGCUGAUUUAUAUUUUCUUAGGUCGCCUCACUUGAGCAACGACAUAAAGUCAAAGAAAGGCAUUUUGAAGAAAAAUUGCAAAAUGUGGAAGGGAUGAAUGCUCAUUCAGUGAACGAGUUACGUGAAAUGCUUACCGCUCAGCAACGGAUGGGUUUCAAGUUAGUGACUCUCUCAUUCGCAGAAGUUAUAGUGACUCUCUCGUGCGGUUUCAGUUUAUACGACGCUUUCCUUCUCUUGCCUUUAAAAAUUUGCGGAAGAAUAAUAAAAAUGGUUAAAAAUGCCCGAAAACUCUUGUUGAAAAGAAUUUUGAUGUCAAAUUGAUGUCAAAAUUCCACGUUUAGAUCACCUCCAUACAGAUACCCCUCGAAAGAAAGGAAUAAAUAAAGCUGUGUAAGCUACUGUAACUGCAUGUACAAAUGGGAUCUUUUGUUCAACAUGCACACCAGAUGAAAUUAUAUUGAAUCGCGUCCAUAAAUGCAUGGUAAAAGGAGGAUGCAAAUAACGAAAUUUUCAAAAAUAAUGUUUUAGGUGUAGUUAAGGAUUCAAAGCACUCAAGAUAUUUCAGGAUGUUCAAAAAAAUAUUUAAAUAUAUAUAAAUAGGAUUUGUACACUUCAGUAAAUUGAGACGAUUAUGUUGCAUAUAGGUACAGAUUAAUUCCUAUCAAUUUUAAUUGCUUUCUGUCUUGAAAGGUGGAAAGAAGAAUCACAAGUAUUGUCUAAGAAAUUCGAGGAAACUGUUGCGUCAUUAAGGUACGAGACAAAGUCACCAAACCAGGUUCGCUUGCAUGCCAUGCGUUAUACCAAAUAUAAGUAAAUAAGUUUCUUGUAGGUUGGUAUUGAUUGGAUUAAUGUAAUUUUUAAUUUCCAAAUAUAAUUAAACGGUUUCUUCUCAUUGAACUCGUAAAGUGUACAUUCAAACUAUUCCAAUUGUAGUCAACGCUAUGAGAAAAUUCGCUUGAUUAUAGUCCUAGCAUUUAGAUAUAUAACAUAUAUCAACUGUAUGAACAAAUAAAUAAAUAAAUAAAUAACACCCCCUGACAUUUUCUUUUUCUCUGUUGUCUUGCAUGUGUAUGUUACGACUUUGGGUAUACAUAUAUAAAACCGAACCCCUCGUAACAUUGUUUUUCCAAGGAAUGAAAUAUCUAAACAAACCAAGAGAAAUGAUUUGACGAGUCGCGAGCUUGUGGAAACCAAACGAAAAAGUAAACAGGUAUAGUUAACAACAUCCGGGAAAAACCUCUUUAUACGGUUCAUGACUGCAGAAUGGGCUAUAACUGCAAAUUCAAUUCAAAUAAAAUAAUAUAAUUCCAGUUCAAAUAUAUAGUAAUAAAAAAUGCAACAUACAAUCGUGGACAUAACUUGUUAAUAAAAUUUUAAUUUGCCUCUGUGAGAGUUUAAAUUGUAGUUUGAUUCCUGUAUUUUGUCUAAAACAUCCCCCCCCCCCCUUCCCCCAACACAAUGUUGUUGAACUACGUUUAAAAUGAGAGGAAAAUUAUGGCAACAUUGGGUGGGGGAGAGGGGGGACCUGUAUGAAGUUAUUUGAUUGUAUUUUCCAAAAAUGUCGAUCGAUUUUAUUAACACUUUUGUCCAUGAUUGGGAAGGGAGGUUUUAAAUUAGAAGAUGUGUAUACACAACAAUUGGCCAUGGUUGUAGGUAUCUCAACCUUGAGUUAGAGGCUAUCCAUAUACUGUAUAGGCCUUAGGACUACGCUUCAUGCGAAGAUGGCUACUUUCUCAAGGAAAAACGUCUACAGGCACGAUACGAGCUGCUUCUUGUGAGCGAGAUCAAUAUAACAGCUGUAUUUAUUUUAACCAUGCAUCAUCCUCAAGAGCUGUACGUUAACACCAUUAUCUGACAGAUAUCGCGUAUUUUCUCUGAUGUUUUUCCUUUAUGCACAAAGUGCAUACUCUUAUUUUUUAUACAAAAAGAUCUUUGUUCUUGAUAUUUGUAUUCCAUUAUCACAGAUGGAAGAUACUCUUUUAUCUACAAAAGCUCUACUAGAGAAGGCACAUUCAAUUGCUGCAGAUGCGGAAACAAGGGCGGAGGCAGCCAGUAAACAGGUACGUAAAUUGAUUCCAAAUACAUUCCCAUUAUAUCAAUUUUCGUUCGAAAUUCCAUCUGCCAAAAACCCAUCUCCUAAAGGAGAACCACAACAUUUACUUCUUAUUUUCUCCAGGUCGAGACUUUACUAAAUAGAGAAAGACAGUUGCUUGAAGACCGAAAAAAGCUCCACCAAGAGCUCGAAAAAGCUCGAGUUCGACGAAGCAGACCCAGGUAUGCCCUUUAUUCUUCUUUUUGCAUAUGGCCGCAUCAUAUAUUAGGCCGCCCUUUAUGUGUCGAAAUCAUGCAAAAAUUAAAUACGCCAAAAUACAGUGUCUUGGAAACUAAUGGACGACUUGCGCUUUAGACUAAAUUUUAAUCUAAGUAAGAAACCGGUCUUAGUUACAUCGCAGGACAAUUAUGAAGUCGCAUACUUUUUAUAAAGUUUUAAUAAUAAUACAAAAUAUGAACUUUAACAUGAAAAUAUGUCAGCCAUAUUGGUUCUUUUCCGAAUAAUCCUUUCACUCCCCGCAGAGCUACACAGCUUCCCCUAGCGUUUGGUUCAUAAUGGCUAAAGAUUUGUGACACCUGGUUUGAUUUUAAUUAAAACAUGGAAAGGGCGAUUAUGAUUCUGUAUCUCCCUUUGAUCUUUGUUUUCUUUUUUCCAUUCUUCUGUUGUAGUUCCGUAAAACGGUUUACCGAUGGAUUGCCCAGCAGUAGUUUUGCAAGUCAACAAGCCAGGAGGAAUUCUAAUCAUCGUGAUCAUGUGACGAGCUCCAUGGAGGACCAAAAUCAUUACGCUGGUUCUAAUCUUGAGUUCGAUAGAGGAAUGGCAGGGCAUUCUAGUGAAGGGUACUAUAAUCCAAGAAGAUGAUAGUUUAUAGGACCAAAUAUUUAUACACUCUCCUCACACUGUAUUUAUUCAGGUUUGAAGAAAUAAAACAGCAAUAACUCUAUAAGCAAUAAGACUAUUUGAAGAAUAAAAAAAAACACUGUACUGGGCUCGUAUAUAUAAGUUCACAAUUGUAUGAAUCGUUAGAUUGUGCUCAACGUAACAGGUGGGAAAAUUGUCUGAGCAUGCGCGAAAACUGCUCGGUUUUUCAGCGGAAGAAGAUAUGCGUAUUUUUCACUUGGUUGAUUUAAAAAACAUAAACAACAUGAACGAAGCCUUCGAAAGUCAUUUUUGCAGCUGCUAUUUAGGGCCACAAAUCACCACAAAAACUGGAUUCACUGACAAGAAUGUUGCAGUAAUACUUUGAUUUCCUCUAUUGUCACAUAUUUUACAAUGUAAUUAAUUAAACUAUUAUAAUAUCGAUUAUUUCAGUGCAAAACAAAACAGAGCAAAAAAUUUCCUUUAAAAUGUCGUAUGAUAGC